AUGUAUAACCAAAAAUGGAGGUGGAUGCACAAUAAACACCACUUGUUCACUUAUAUCAAUAGAAGCUUGCCUUGCUUUUGGCAUGUUGCAAGUGGAAGUUGCAAAGACAAAAUUUGUGCGAAUGCUCCCUCUAGUAAUAAUAGUCAUGAACUUUGUUAAUAAUUUUUGAAUUCUUGUACUGUAAAUUCUACAAAUACAGGAUGUGUUGAAAAAACAUGUGAGAAUUCAUUAACUUUAUCUAUUUGUGAUAAAGAUUUAAACAACAACAUAUGCAUUUGGAAAGCAAGGUGUUAUAAGAGAUAAUGUGCAAUGGCUUCAAGUUCAAUAACAUCUCAUUCUGAGUGUUAAGCUUAUUAUUCAAGUUGUACAUUAAGUAAUACUGGAAAAGGAUGUAAGCUGCUUGCAAGAUAAAGGCUAAUAAAUAAUCUUGUAGGUUGGACAGGAUCUUAAUGUUUUGAUAAAGCCUGCAAUACUGCUCCCAAAACUAUUUCGACAACUUCAGACUGUCAAGCUUAUUUAUCUUCAUGCGUAGCUAACAAUCCAAUUACAGUAAAUGGUACCUCAAUUAUUUAAGGAUGCUAAGAUUUACCUAAAACUUGCGAUUCUAGAAAAUCAUCUGAAAAUUGUAAUAUUACAAGAGCAGCAUUUCCAAUCUGUUUUUGGGAUUCUUCAUCUAACAAAUGCGUUGAAAAAUCCUGUACAACUGCAAAUUUAUCAGGCACACCAGGAGCACUUUCAAAAGGUUACAUGAGCACAUGCACGACUACUAAUGCUCAAGGUAGUUGUACUUAAACAUCAUAUCCUUGCAUUUCAAAUAAUAGUUAAGAUGGAUGUAUGGUUAAGCCCACAAGUUGUUCAUAGUUAGUUUAGUAAAAUUGUAAAGAUGGAUCUAAAUCUAAUGGUGAUUGUUAUUGGAAUGGAUCUAAUUGUGUUGAAAAGAUAUGUACUAAUAUAAUAUUAAAAACACAUAACGAUUGCUAUAAUAUAUUCAAUCAAUGUACCGUCAAUGAUGAUGGUACAGCAUGUAUACCAUUAGCCACUGCUUGUAAUUCAUAUAAAAUUUAAGAGAAUUGUAAAAUUGCAUCUACAUAAAAGAAUUGUUAUUGGACAGGAACAGUUUGUAGAAAUGCAAUUUGUGAUGAUACUCCAGAUUCUGAUCUAUUUGAUUCAGAUGAAGAAUGCCUUAAAUAUCAAACUCAGAAUGAAACAUGUACAAUAAUUGCCAAAGUGGGAGGCUAAGGGUGUGUUCAAAAAUAGGCAGUUUGUUCUAAUUACAAGACUUCAAGUUAAUGCCAUAAGACUUUAUUAAAUUUAAAUGCUUAGGAUGAUUGUAAAUGGAUUAAUGGAAUAUGUUAUUCCUUGGCAACUUUUGCAACAGGAGCUUGUUCUACGUUUAAAGGAACAUAAGAUAUGUGCAAAGCCUUAUAGAUAGGGAUGCACAAAUGUAGCUAAUGCUAGUACUUCAACUGCAUUGGAUUGACAUUCUAAGAUUGCUAAAAUGUGGAUCCAACUUGUUCAGUUAAAAAGGAUGGUAGUGGUUGUAUUUUAAUUUAAUCUACAUGUGCAGGAUAUGGAACAACAGAUGUAAAUUGUUAUAAAUCAAGUGCAACUGGAACACAAUCAAUAUGUCUCAUGAAUAAAGCCACACCACCAAGUUGUUAAUCAGUGAGUUCAGCAUCUGAUUGUGCACUUAUAAGUGGAUCAGGACUUGAUCAUGCUAAAUGCUAAGCAUACAAUAUUGCAUGUACAUCUUUAGGUAAAGGAAAUGGGUGUUAAGAAUUUAAAGCAAAUUGCACUGCUUAUACUGGUAAUACUGAUAAUUGCACAGUCUCAUAAUAAGGACAAUGCUUUUUAAAUGGUUCUGAUUGUGUUCGUUUUUCUAAUUGCUUUUCAAUUACUGGAACAAACCUUUCUCAAGAAAUCUGUUAUUCCUAUGGCCCUAAUUGCACCAUAAAUAAAUAAAAAACAGCAUGUUAAUAUAAGAGAAAUACAUUAUCUGGAACUGACUCUGAAGCAAAUUUAUGUGUUUGGAGUGGUACAGCAUGUCUUACUGUUACAGAUGUUGCUACUCAUUGUGCUUACAUAACUGGAACCAAUCUGACCGAUUCAUUUUGUGCUAGUUACAAUGUUAGUUGCAUUGUAAAUUAAGAAAAGACGGCCUGUUAGGAGAAAAAAGCUUCAUGUGGUUUAUAUUCAACUAAAAGUUCAUGUACUCUAUCAUAGGAGGCUGGAUCAGCAGGCAAAUGUAUAUGGAAUGAUGGAGGGUGUCGUAUCAUGACAUUACUCUCUACAAUUGUUACAUCUAUUGAUAGCGUUGCUCUGAAAAGAGCAACAUGUGCAUAGGUCAAUCCAGCUUUGGCACCAACAAAAAGUGGAGAUAAAUGUUUUAUAAAAUAAGGUUCAUGUAGUAUGUACAAAGAAGAAAAAUAUUGUACAACUUCCUUAGCAUUAGGUACAGAAGCAAAUUGUAUUUGGGAUAGUGAUAGUUCAAGUUGUUAAGCAUUUACAUCUGGUUCUUUGUGCAAAAAUAUAACAGGAACAAAUUUAUCUGAGAGUUAUUGCCCUUCAGUUAAUCCAUUGUGUACAACAAAAUAAACGAGAAACGGCUGUUAUGAAAAGUAGCCUAAUUGUUCAGAUUAUAAAACAUAAGAUGAUUGCUAAUUAUCUUUAGCUUCUGGUAAAGCAGGAUAUUGUGUAUACACUGGUUACGCUUGCGGUAAUGUGACAAACCCUUCGACUCAUUGUGGUUAUAUUUAAGUCUCUUUUCCUACAACAGAGAUACUUUGUGCUAGUUAUGAUACUUCUUGUAUUCCUUUAUUUGGUGAAAACGGAUGUCAAGAGAUUAAAUCAAAUUGUUCCUCAUACUCAUCUUAAAAAAACUGUUAUAAAUCUUUGAAUGACGGUUAUUGUAUUUGGAAAGAUAGUAGCUGCAAAGUUGUUAGCGAUCCGAACGAAUGUGCUUCUGCAUCUUCUUCUGGUUCUAAAUUGACUAGUACUUAUUGCAAUGGAUUACAUAAAGAUUGCUGGGUGACUCCAAGUAAAGGUGGUUGUUAUUAGAUGUUACCUAAUUGUGAAAAUUACGAUCAUGUGUCAAAAUGUGAUAAAACUUUAACUAAUGAACUCUGUAGUUGGGGCACAGGUUGUUAUAAAAAUUCAUCAGCCAGCCAAUGCUAUGGUUAGUACUUCACUGAUAUAGCCCCCUCUGGAACAACAGAUGCUAUUUGCGCUAUUUAUAAUGCUGGCUGCAUAGCAGAUACCGAUAAUUCUCGUUGUUAUGAACUGAAAACAAGUUGUUCGUCAUACACAGAAAUGUAGCAGUGUAAGUAUGCAGGAAAUUAAUAAUCUAAAGUUGGAUGUGUCUAUAAAGUGACAGGUUGCGUUUAGCUAACUGAUCCUGUAGAUGAAUGUUCAUUGAUUAGAACAAACCCAUUUAGCGAUGCUACUUGUGUAUCUUUUCAUAGUGGUUGCACAGUCUCAUCAGAUUUUUCUGGCUGUCAAUAAAGAUAAGCAGUUUGUGCCGAUUAUACAACAAAAGAAACUUGUACAUAUUCAGCUGCUGCAUCUCCUUUCAAUUUAUGUCUUUAUUUCAAUUCAAAAUGUGUUGCUGCAAGAGAAUUGUUAACUGAUUGUGCAGCCAUUACUGCAACUUCAGGUUUGACUGAUUCCGAUUGCUCUGGGUAUAGCUCUACAUGCACAUCAAAUAAAAAUGGGACUGCCUGUUAAGAUAAAAAAAGCACAUGUUCUGAUUACCAAAAUUAGGAUUCAUGUUCUGUUUCCUCAAGUUCUAAAUGCAUUUGGAAAUCUAGUUGUACUUCUAUUAGUGAUGUAACUACUGACUGUGUAUAUGUAGUUGGUACAAAUUUAACUCAUGAUAUUUGUAUUUCUUAUAACAAUGGAUGCACAGUCAAUAAAGCAGGAACCUCUUGUUAAGAAAAGAAAAACAGUUGUGCGGAUUAUACAAAAAGUGAAAAUUGCUCUAUUUUUGAUGAUUCUGGAACACCAAACUACUGUAUAUGGCAUUCGACAUGCAUCUCUUUCACCAAUAUUAAUACUGAUUGUUAUUAUAUAACUGGUAUCAAUCUGACCAAUGAUAUAUUUGCAUAGUUAAUAAUUCAGGAACUGCUUGUUAGCUAAAUCUAGGCAGUUGUAAAAGAAUAUGGUUUAUAAGAUGGUUGUCCGUAAUAAUAAUGCAUAUGGGAUGCAGCAGAAUGCAAAUCUAUCUCAAAUCCUUCAGUUUAAUGCAGCUUAGUGAAUGGAAAGACUGGUCUCAACCUUGACAUGUGUAGAUAAUAUCAUAGUGAAUGUUUUAAUCUAAAAGAUGGUACUGGAUGUUAACAUGCAAAGUCAGAUUGUAAGAAUUAUACAACUUAGAAUUAAUGUGUUGCAUAGCUUAAUGGUACUUCCUGUUUAUGGCAUGAAAAUUCUUGCUACAAAAUAACAGGUGUUAGUUGUUAGGUAAUUACAGGGACUAAUCUAAAUCAUAAUAUAUGUUAGUCAUAUAACAAAGAUUGCACUUCAGUAAGUGAUGGCAAUUCAUGUUAAGAUUAUAAGACAACAUGCGAAUAGUAUUUAGGAACAACUGAAUCUUGUAUUUAAUCUGUAAAAGGAAAAUGCUACCUCUAUAAUUCAAACACUUGUAUUACUAUUUUAAAUGUUUCUACUGAUUGUGCCAAGAUUACAGGUGUAUCAUUAACUUAUGAAAUAUGUUAAUCAUAUAAUUUGGGAUGCAGUGUUAAUAGAACCAAAACUGCUUGUGUUUAAAAAGCAGCUUAAUGCUCUGGAUAUUCAACUGCUAUGAGUGGUUGCUAUCAAGCAGGAGAAGGAUUAUGUAUUGCAUCCACUAGCAAUGAUUCAGCAUGUGUGCCUGCCUCAAGUUCAUCUACUUGUGAAAAAGUAUUUUUAGGAACAGGCAAUUAUACUCAUGAUAAUUGUAGUGCAAUGAAAGCUGGAUGUACUAACUUGUGCAAAUGCUACAGGUUCAUUACAUUUAAUCAUGAUAAUUGUUAUUCUUGGCUCAAAACUUGUACAGUAAAUUAGACUAAUAAUGGUUGCGCAAUCAUGACUGCAAAAUGUUCAGAUUAAUCAUCUACUUAAUGUCUAAAUGCAAUAGAGGGAGUGUGUCUAGUGUUUAAUUCUAUUUGUAUUAGAAAAGGAUGUGAUACAGCUCCAUCAGAUGCUUCUCAUGAUGAUGAUACAGAAUGUUCUAAUUAUUCAUAAGCUUGUACAGUUGCAAGAGCAGGUGGAUGUCAAGUAAGAACUGCAUGUUCAUUAUAUAAAUCAUCAUUAUAAUGUAAAUUAGAUAUGAAUGAUAAAAAAUGUUUCUGGAAUCCAUCUGUUAAGACAUGUGUUGAUUUGGCUUGUGCAAAUAUAGAAGUAUCAAAUUUAUAUAAUACUCAUGCUAAAUGCUUUGCAGUUGAUUCAAAUUUAGGUUGUACAGUCAGAGCACUUAAUAAAGUAGUUGCUCCUGGUUGUAUGGCCAGAGGACCAUGUAGUUCAUAUACUAUUAAAGAUUAAUGCAUAACUAAUGAUAGUGGAAUAGACUGUGUUUGGAAUACAAAUAGUAGUUUACCUGAACCUGCUUGUUAGGAUAAGUCAUGUACAACUGCUCCUAGUUCCACAUUAACUCACAUUGAUUGCUUCAAUUAUUAUAAUACAUCAACUAUCAAAUAUGCUAAUGGUGGAUAACCAAUUCUAAGAGGAUGUUAAUAAACUGCAGCCUGUUCAACUUAUAUUGAUAGUGAGUAAUGUAAAAUAAAUGCUGCUGGUGAUCCUUGUGGAUGGAAUGGAAAAGAAUGCAAUGAUAAAUCUUGUUCCACUGCUCCUGCUACAUCAGAAUAUGACGAGGUAAUACAAAAUGUAGAGCUUAUUUGA